UAAAAUCAAUUCAACAACUUUCUACUGUUAAGUUCAUUCUAAACCCUGAAAAGCUUGCGUUUUUUUCACUUCCAGGUUCAUCAAUGGCGGCUACAACAACCCAACUCACGCACCCGCCAUCUCGUCCAAAGAAUAUAACUUUUCACUCGUUAAAGCAAAACCCAUUUCUCAAAACUUCAAUUUUACAUUCAAAAAUCUCUCCAAAACCCAUCUCUUUAACUCUUAAAGCAGUUUUAUCUCAAACCCCAAUUCAAACCCAACAAACUGCUAAAUUUAAGCACUGUUUUUCAAAAUCUGAUGAUGGGUUUUUAUACUGUGAGAAUCUUAAGGUUCAUGAAAUCAUGGAGAACGUUGAGAAAAGGCCCUUUUAUUUGUAUAGUAAGCCUCAGAUUAGUAGAAAUGUUGAGGCAUAUAGAGAUGCUUUGGAGGGUUUGAAUUCUAUUAUUGGCUAUGCUAUUAAGGCUAAUAAUAAUUUGAAGAUUUUGGAGCAUUUGAGGCAGUUGGGGUGUGGUGCUGUUCUUGUUAGUGGUAAUGAGCUUAGAGUGGCUCUUCGGGCUGGAUUUGAUCCGACAAAGUGUAUUUUUAAUGGAAAUGGGAAGCUCUUGGAGGACUUGGUUUUAGCUGCUCAAGAAGGUGUUUUUGUCAAUGUGGAUAGUGAAUUUGAUUUCGAGAACAUUGUAGCAGCUGCUAGAAUUGCUGGCAAAAAAGUUAACGUUCUACUUCGAAUCAAUCCGGAUGUUGAUCCUCAGGUUCAUCCUUAUGUUGCCACUGGGAAUAAGAACUCUAAGUUUGGCAUUAGAAAUGAGAAGCUGCAGUGGUUUUUGGAUGCUGUAAAGGCACACCCUAACGAUCUUAAGCUUGUAGGGGCACAUUGCCAUCUCGGCUCAACUAUUACCAAGGUGGACAUUUUCAGAGAUGCAGCAGUUCUUAUGGUCGAUUACAUUGAUCAAAUCCGAGCUCAAGGUUUUGAAGUUGAUUACCUAAAUAUUGGUGGUGGUUUGGGUAUAGAUUAUUAUCAUGCUGGCGCUGUCCUUCCUACACCGUUAGAUCUUAUUAACACUGUUCGAGAAUUGGUGCUCUCGCGGAAUCUCAAUCUCAUUAUUGAACCCGGGAGAUCAUUAAUUGCAAAUACCUGCUGUCUGGUCAACAGGGUAACUGGGGUGAAAACUAAUGGAACAAAAAACUUUGUCGUGAUCGAUGGUAGCAUGGCUGAACUCAUUCGACCUAGUCUUUAUGAUGCUUACCAACACAUAGAACUUGUCACUCCCGCAGCACCUGAUGCUGAAGUGGCAACUUUUGAUGUUGUUGGUCCUGUCUGUGAAUCUGCCGAUUUCUUAGGAAAGGGCAGAGAACUUCCAACACCACUGAAGGGAACUGGCUUGGUUGUUCACGAUGCUGGAGCUUACUGCAUGAGUAUGGCAUCAACAUACAAUUUGAAGAUGCGCCCUCCUGAAUACUGGGUUGAAGAAGAUGGAUCAGUAACCAAGAUAAGGCACGCGGAAACAUUCGAAGACCAUAUGCGGUUCUUCGAAGGUCUAUGAAGGCGAUCAUCGACUAUUUGUUUUUUUGCUGUGUAGCGAAAAGACUUCGUCUGUGCUCUUAUUUUGUUGUCGACACUCGACAUAACUUGUAGUCGGAUUGUGUUGUUUCAUUCUGUAUCAUUUGCUAGAUGCUGUUAAAUACUCAUUCUCUUUGGUGAAUUAAUUUCAGAAUUGGAAGAAAGACAUUCAUUGAUGAA